AAACGGAGUUAGCAAAAGAAGAGCCGCAAAAGCAAAACCCCACAAAAACCUUCUGCAACAUUUUCACUUCACUUCUCCUUCUCCUUGUCCGCUCUCCUCCAAAUGUAACCAAAUUAUCAAUCACAUAAGCACUUUGUGUUCAACAAAAGGAUGCCUUGCUCAUCCUUGCUCAUGUCUCUAAGACCAACUUCUUCCCUCUUCCAUCUAUCCCCAAAAACCCUAUUAAAAUCCUCCCUCUUUUCCCUUCUUUUAUCCAGGAACCAAUGCCUUUCCUUCAGGUCUUUUCCUCAAUUGAGAAGGUACGGGGCUUUUACCUGCUCGGGGGCUGCCACUAGAGCUCGUAGGUUGAAUUGGAAGAACGUUUCGUGGCCGUAUUUGGAGCAGCAGUGCUCUAAUUAUGGCCGGUUCGCCUACCUGGACGUUUCCAGCGAUGAAUCUGAUCGUGAAUUCGGGUCAAAGCAGCAACAAAUGUGUGGUUCAACCCUUGAAAAUAUUGAAGAUUGGAGGUGGAAGUUAACCAUGCUUGUUCGCAACAACGAUGAGCAAGAGGUUGUGUCAAGGGAAAGAAAGGACAGACGUGACUUUGAGCAACUUUCAUCUUUGGCUACAAGAAUGGGAUUACAUAGUCGUCAAUAUGCAAAAGUAGUAGUUUUUAGUAAAGUCCCACUGCCAAAUUACAGAUCUGAUCUAGAUAAUAAGCGUCCACAGAGAGAGGUUAUCUUACCAUUUGGACUGUUGAGAGAAGUAGAUGGUCAUCUCAAAGCUUAUGAACAACUCAAAUAUAUAAAUAGGGAAUAUUUCUUGGAUAAAUCUUUGUCAAAUUCAAGUAGUAGUGCAAAUAUUGGUACUGAUGAAAAACUCUACGAGCAGCAGGAGCCACUUGCAAAGAAUAGUGUUGUCAUGGAGAGAAUUCUGCGGCGGCGAAGUUUGCAGCUGCGUGAAAAGGAGCAGGAUUGGCAGGAAUCUCCUGAAGGUCAAAAGAUGCUUGAAUUUCGUAGAAAUCUUCCUGCACAUAAGGAGAGGGAAGCAUUAUUAAAUGCCAUUGCACAGAAUCAGGUGGUUGUUGUCUCGGGUGAAACUGGCUGUGGUAAAACCACCCAGCUUCCUCAGUACAUUUUAGAAUCAGAAAUUGAAGCUGUGCGUGGAGCAGCCUGCAAUAUCAUAUGUACUCAGCCUAGAAGAAUAUCUGCCAUUGCUGUUUCUGAGAGAGUUGCUGCAGAACGAGGAGAGAAAAUUGGAGAAUCUGUUGGUUAUAAAGUUCGUCUAGAGGGACUUAAAGGGAGGGACACACGCCUUCUGUUUUGCACAACUGGAAUACUAUUGAGGAGAUUGCUUGUUGACAGAAAUUUGAAAGGUGUAACUCACAUUAUUGUUGAUGAGAUUCAUGAACGUGGAAUGAAUGAAGAUUUUCUCCUUAUUGUCUUGAAAGAGCUCCUUCCUCGUCGACCAGAAUUGAGGUUAAUUCUGAUGAGUGCAACCCUUAAUGCUGAGCUUUUUUCUUCUUACUUUGGCGGUGCUCCAAUGCUACAUAUCCCGGGCUUUACAUAUCCAGUUCGAGCACAUUUUCUGGAACAGAUUCUGGAAAGGACUGGAUAUCGGUUGACCUCUUAUAAUCAAAUUGAUGAUUAUGGUCAAGAAAAGUCAUGGAAAAUGCAAAAGCAAGCUCAAGCUCUGAAAAAGAGGAAGAGUCAGAUUGCUUCUGCUGUUGAGGAUGCACUUGAAGCGGCUGACUUCAGAGAUUAUAGUUUAUGCACUCAGGAAUCUUUAUCCUGUUGGAAUCCUGACUCAAUUGGAUUUAACCUCAUUGAGCAUGUACUUUGUCACAUUGUAAAGAAGGAGAGACCUGGCGCUGUUUUGGUUUUUAUGACUGGUUGGGAUGACAUAAACUCUUUGAAGGAUCAGCUCCAAGCUCAUCCUCUUUUGGGGGAUCCAGGCAGGGUUUUGUUGCUUGCAUGCCAUGGUUCCAUGGCCAGCACUGAACAGAGGCUAAUAUUUGAUAAGCCCGAAGAUGGAGUGAGGAAAAUAGUUCUAGCUACUAACAUGGCUGAAACAAGUAUCACUAUUAAUGAUGUAGUUUUUGUGGUCGAUUGUGGAAAGGCGAAAGAGACAUCAUAUGAUGCACUAAAUAACACUCCUUGUUUGCUUCCAUCUUGGAUUUCAAAGGCUUCUGCCCGGCAAAGAAGGGGAAGAGCUGGUCGUGUUCAGCCUGGUGAGUGUUAUCAUCUCUAUCCCAGAUGUGUGUAUGAUGCUUUUGCUGAUUAUCAGUUGCCAGAACUGUUGAGGACUCCAUUGCAGUCAUUGUGUCUGCAAAUCAAAAGUUUGCAGCUUGGAAGUAUAUCUGAGUUCCUCUCUAGAGCCUUGCAGCCACCUGAACCUUUAUCGGUAAAAAAUGCUGUUGAAUAUUUAAAGAUUAUUGGGGCUUUAGAUGAGAAUGAAAGUCUGACAAUACUAGGACGCAACUUGUCAAUGCUUCCAGUUGAGCCUAAACUUGGAAAAAUGCUGAUAUUAGGGGCUAUUUUCAACUGUCUUGAUCCCAUAAUGACGGUUGUUGCUGGUCUUAGUCUCCGAGAUCCAUUCUUGAUGCCAUUUGACAAGAAGGAUCUUGCAGAGUCAGCAAAAUCUCAAUUUUCUGAUCAUAACUAUAGUGACCACCUUGCACUUGUACGAGCCUAUGAUGGUUGGAAAGCUGCUGAAAGACAGCAAUCUGGUUAUGAGUACUGUUGGAAAAAUUUUCUCUCCACACAAACACUGAAAGCCAUUGACUCUCUCCGUAAGCAGUUCUUUUAUUUGCUCAAGGAUACUGGUCUGGUAGAACACAAUACAGAGAACUGCAAUAAAUGGAGUCAUGAUGAGCACCUUGUUCGGGCAGUCAUCUGUGCGGGUUUAUUCCCUGGAAUAUGCUCUGUUGUGAACAAAGAAAAGUCUAUAGCACUAAAAACAAUGGAGGAUGGUCAGGUGCUUCUAUACUCGAAUUCUGUGAAUGCUGGAGUACCCAAAAUUCCAUACCCAUGGCUAGUUUUCAAUGAAAAGAUUAAAGUGAAUUCAGUUUUUCUCCGGGAUUCAACUGGUGUAUCUGAUUCUGUGCUUCUCAUGUUUGGAGGGAGCAUUUCCAGUGGUGGACUAGAUGGACACCUGAAAAUGUUGGGAGGAUACUUAGAAUUUUUCAUGAAACCUGCGGUAGUGGAUAUGUAUAUGAGAUUAAAACGAGAGAUCGAUGAACUAAUUCAGAAGAGACUUCUGAAUCCUGAGAUGGACAUGCAAGUACACAAUGAACUCCUGAUGGCAGUCAGAUUGCUGGUGUCAGAAGAUCAAUGUGAGGGAAGAUUUAUCUUUGGUCGUCAGGUGCUGGCACCCUCAAAGAAGGCAGCAAAAGUGACACUUCCAGGUCUGGUCUCCAAAGGAGGAGAUGAUAAUUCCAAGAGUGAGCUGCAAACAUUGCUUUCCAGGGCUGGACAUGGAGCUCCAACCUACAAGACAAAUAGGCUGAAAAACAACCAGUUCCGUUCUACUGUGAUGUUUAAUGGGUUGGAUUUUAUGGGGCAACCCUGCAGCAGUAAGAAACGUGCUGAAAAGGAUGCAGCUGCUGAGGCUCUGCUUUGGUUGAAAGGCGAAAGCCAUUCCUCUGUGCAAGAUCUUGACCAUGUUUCGAUGCUUCUAAAGAAGAGCAAAAUAAAAAAUAAAAAGAGAAUUCCUGGUGCUAAAUGGACUUAAGGUAACAAAUUUAUUUCUGGUGCUAGUUUAAGUAAAGCCGAAAUGAAAGACAAAGGGUGAUACUAAAGCUUUACUUUUUACUGAGCACUGAAGUUCCUGUCGAAAUUGCAAGUUUUGAUGACAUUUUAGGAUUCAGGCAACUGUUGAAUUAAAGGCUGGAAGAGGAAUAUCAAUUCACAAAAUCGAGCAAAGUCACAACUGACUUUUCUGGACCCUGUUUUAGUGAAAGGGUGAAAAAUGGUUCUUUGGGAAGCAAAAACUAGGGAUUCCAACUUACAUAACUAAACAUAUAUGAACUGAAUGCGCUUGACACAAAGUUACUGUCAAUUGCAUCAGAUGGCAACUCCCAAUUUCCUAUCUUAUUGGUUUCAGUAGAUUGAAAAUUGACAUUAAAAUUUUUGCAAAAGAUAUGAAUUAGCUAAAUAGCUAUAUAUUUUGCACCUGUAACCCGAAGAGCAUACGUUAUAGGCUCUUUCAAAGUGUAUAAGCUAUGUAUUAUACGUUCAUUUAUGCUCAUACUUAUUUGCGGAAGUAAUCAGUUCUGGAUUAUCAUAGGUUACGGAUUGGGAUGAUGUUCACAAUUUGUAUUCUAUACAUACAUAAUAUCUUUCUCAGAUUUCAUGUUCAA